UCUUUGUCUGGAUGCCCAACUAAGUUGUUCUUCAUAGCAUGCAUCCACUGCAUGUUUUGCAACGGCAGUCGGGUUAUGGUUAAACUGCGUGCAGUGUACCGUUUUCAGACAUGAUGUCUCAUAGUUCCCUGCUUCUGAUGGUCCUCUGUGGCCUCCUGCUCACCCCACUGGUACUCGGUGCUGCUGGCAACCACCGCGGUGCUGAGAUCGAGGACAACGAGUUUGCCGAGUUUGAGGACCUUGGGGACGAAGAGGAGGAUGACGGGACGGUGGAGACAGAAGGAGACGGGGAGGAGUUCCUGGAUGGGGAGGAGGCAGAGGGGCCAUUUGAAGGGGACUUUGACGAGGAGGAUGAAGAUGGCGUCAUAGAGGACGAAGAUGAAUUUGAACACUUCCACGACACGGAGGAGUUUGAGAACUUUGAGAGAGAGAAGCCGUUCAAAGGCAAGGGCUCCUCUGACACGCCAGACCUGGAGAUAGCAAAGCUACCGGUGCAUCUGCGCAACAACUGGGACAGCUACUACAUGGAGAUACUGAUGCUGGUGGGCAUCCUGGCCUACGUCCUGAAUUACAUCACCGGCAAGAGCAAGAACCAGAAGCUGUCAACUGCAUGGUUGAAUGCACAUUUGGAGCUACUGGAAUCCAAUUUUGCAUUAGUCGGUGAUGACGGGAGCCAGAAGGACCCCCCAGCGACCGGUCAGCUGCUCAAGGAGAGCGAGAGCCGAUACUGCCUGUGGUGCUCCGGCAGAACGUGCUGCGAGGGCAUGCUGGUGGAACUCAAGCUUCUGAAAAGGCAGGACCUCGUGAGUGUGGUAGCCAAGCUGAUGAAGCCAGGGUCGGAUGAAAUAUUAAUAACGGUGACAAUGAACAGCGAGGACAUGGACAGUUUCAUUCUGUUUGCUGGGAGGAAGAAAAUGGCCUCCAAGAUGCAGAAGGAAAUGCAAGAUUUGAGUCAAUAUUGCCAAGAUAGACGCAGUGGUGAGAAGUACGGCUUGCCAUCUUCCAGCGUGGUGUUGGCCGAAUCUGCCGAGGUCAUCCAAGGUGUCAUUGAUGGCAAGGUGAGCAGCUGUCUGAACCAAUACGAGGACAUGUUUGAGUACCUUCACUUCUCGGAUCAAUUUUCUGGUCCCAAGCCAAAUGCAGAUGAUGAGCAACCAACCAAGAUGCCAGAAACCAAGAAAGUUCUCAUCUUCUGUUUCAAAGUACCUGGAGGUCCGCGUUGCACCAAGGCAGACAUGGAGUCCAUGCUGCCCAUGAUGAAGCUAGUCAUGUACUGCAUUGAGAAGGUCAAGCGAUACAAGCUCAGCCGCGAGGCCAAACAAAAAGCUGACAAGGCCCGGGCCAAGGUGUCGGAAUCCUUCGUCAAGCUGGCCCACGCCCAGCGCCAGGAGGCAGCCCAGCAGCGCCGCGAGGAGAAACGACGAGCCGAGAAGGACCGCCUGCUGAAUGAGGAGGACCCAGAGAAAGCGCGCAAGCUGGAGGAGAAGCAGUACCGCAAGGACAUGCGCAAACGGCUGAACCCUGGCAUGAAGCAGAUGAAGGUCCGAGUCACAUAAAGCUGCCAUGGUACCAUCUAACCCAUAGGGGGCAUCGGGGGGGGGGGGGUUUCCAACAACUUUUGGCUUUGUCUUUGGCUCCAGCUUUGCUGGACUUUCAGCCCCCGAUUUUUGGGAGUUCUUAGCACACUGAAAAAUGUAUGUAUUGAUAUCAAACUGUAUGUCAUCGAUGCAGAAAUGGUAGGGUUUGAUAUAGUUUGAACAUGAUGGACCCACAGGUAGUUCCAAUGUUGGUGUGAUCUGGAAAACCUCCAUGUCCGAGUUUGUCAAUCAAGUGAUCUGCCAAGACAAAUGACAUCUACCUUUAAAGGGAUUUUUUCCCAUUAAUUUGUGUGCUGCUCUAUCCAAAAUCAAAUCAAAUUUUAAAAGAAUGUUUUUGUUAAUUGAUAAGCCAGCUACGUGUAUCACAAUCGUCUCACAAAUUGAAGAUCCUUUUCCUUGCUGUACUCGCUGAUGCAUCAAGCAACACAAACGUUGUUUAAGAAUACACCAAUAUUUUUUCUGAACAACACAGCAAGGAGGGACUUGCGUACAGUUGCUUAUACUAUGCUGUUAAUUGUUUUUCCAAAUAAGAAAGGAAUUCCUGUGUCGUAUAUUGUAAUAUAGAUUAUGCUGUAAUGUCAUCAUGAUACAGAAAUUGUAAGGUUAACCCCUUCACUACGGAGGACUGCUACUACCGCACCCUUGUGUGAGGAUCAGUGCAUACCACAAAUACAGUCUAUUCACCGUGCAGCUGC